AUGCAGGGGAGGAACAGAAUGUUGCGCCCUGCGCCAAUCCGUCCAACCAACCAGCCAGCCGCAGAACCAACAACCGAAACGAGGGCGCAGGUAGCAAGCUACUACUGCAAACAGCAGGAGCUCAGAACAGCGCGCCAAAAGCAUCGGAGAAAGGUGUUUAAGGUGGUCCGGAGAGGCUACUUCGAGAAGGAAGACGAUGAGAAGUUGCGAAACCAGCUACAAGGCAUCCAUAUUUCUACCAAAAUGCAACGAAACGCUGACAUUCCACCGGAGCGCCACCGCCUUGCCGCCAUUUUAGGUGAUUUUGAUGACGAUUUAUCUGAGAAGCAAGUUGUGGAGAGGAAAGUCGACGCCAUUAACGCUGUGGUUGCCUAUUCGUCUAAUUGCAUUAACGCAAUAGCAAAAACGCAUCAUGUACCGGCUAAAGAGGCCAGUUUGGCAUUCGCAGGCCACAACACUGGCGCAAGAAUAAUGAUCUAG